GUAGGUGGCGACACUUCACAUGGAGGAGAAGAAAAGAAGUCAAGCGCUCACUUAAAAACACUUUCCUAAACUGUCAUUCUCUCUUGCAGAGCUGCAGGCCUUCAGCAGAGAGUCUGGCUGCUGUUGUUUUUUUCUGCCUCCCACACCCACACCCACACCCCCACCUCCCCCUCUUUUUUUUUUUUUUUAGCACCACAUUGUUGGAGAAUAUGACAUCUGGGAAAGUUGCAGGACGAGGCCUUCAAUGUGGGCAUUGUUCGGCACCCGUCAUUUAUCACGUCCCUCUUUUCACCGCCACUGUCCCGAGCCGAGGAGGAGUUUUAGUUUGUUGGAGGAGUUGUGGCGGCGGUGGAGGGGAACGUGAGGAGGACAAACGGCUCCAACAGACCGGACGGACUGGAAGGAGGAUCUGUCCCGGUGAGGACAUGGCCGCGCCGUGCAGAGGGUGAGAGGAGCCGGCGUGUUUGUUUCCGCGAGGAUUGUUUCUGCGCGGAAUGAAUGUGGGUUGUGAAGGCCAUGAAGCCCUCGGCUCUCUGGAAACCUGCCAUGUGACAUUUGGCUGCCAGCGCUCCGCCAGAAGGUCAGAAGGGGCCCCGGUGCACAUUUAAUGGAAACGCAGAUGCACAACAUCCACCAACACCACCACCACCACCACCACCACCACCACCACUACCAGGACUUCUUCAGCGAGUCUCUGGAUGGUGUCGGUGGGUUUGGGUGCGCUCAUCAAGCACCGGCGCACCAGCAGCAGCAGCAGCAGCAGCAAGCUGGGACGUUAGCGCGCACGUUUCCCAGGAGGUCAAAGCAGCAAAGUCCCAAGUUUACAAUGAGCAAAAAGAUUUUUCCCUGGAUGAAAGAGUCCAGACACUCAAAUCAGAAACCCGGCAGGAGAACUGCAGACUGCGCCGUCAACGAGAAGUGCUCGAGCGCGACCCCGGCUUCCAAGCGGACGCGCACCGCGUACACGAGCGCGCAACUGGUGGAGCUGGAGAAGGAGUUUCACUUCAGCCGCUACCUGUGCAGGUCGCGCCGGGUGGAGAUGGCCGGCCUGCUCAACCUCCACGAGAGGCAGAUCAAGAUCUGGUUCCAGAACCGGAGGAUGAAGCAGAAGAAGGAUGAAAGAAUGCACGGCCUCUCAUCCACCACCACCACCACCACUACUACAACCUCCUCAUGCUCGCCCUCCUCCUCCCCCUCCGCCCCGGGCAGCCCCACUCUGUCGAGUCUGGGUUAUGUCCAUCUGGGCGGUGAUUACCAGCCGGCCUCCCCUCCGCAGCCCGCGUACAGCGCUGCAGAAUACGCAAAAUAUCCAACUGCGGGCUUCAGGCACGGCCCGCAUGCUCAGUACGACACCUCGCACACACCAAACCCUAGAGGAAGUGACCUGAACGGGUCGUAUUUCUCCCAGAGCUGCUCUCCUCAGGACAGAAUCAUGCAAGCUCCAAAACUGACUCAUCUGUAGCUGAAGAUGUUGCCAAAAGAAGAAGCACAUUACUGAUCUCAGUGCAUGUAUUAUUUAUUUAUUGGACUAAUUUAUCCAAGUCUCGAAAUUAAUUUGCACAUUUAUUUAUAUCUACGAAUAUUUUUUUUAAAAAAUUUAUUUAU